AUGUUCUCCGAAUAUGCCUCGCGGUUCCUUGCUCAGUCACAGUCUCGAGUUGCAUCUCGACCAGACGAGCUUCAAAGAACUGGUCGUGCACGCCCCAAUCCAAGACAGGCUAACCCUUCCUCGGGCUCCUUUUUAAGGACUGGUGAUCCAUAUAGACCUGGUACUUCCCAGAUAUCAAACUUUCCAUUUGCUUCCCGAACUUCGGUGCAACCAGCUCCUCUAUUUCAUAGUGCCGCUGACGAGUUUCGGGAAGAAGACGAUGAGGCUGAGCGGGAACGGGAGAUUGCGGACUUUUAUGCGCUGCAGAGAUCCCGACGGCAUUUUGGCGAUAGCAACCUUAAGGAGUCUUCGGAACUUGAGGACUCUGAUCGUUCGGGAUAUGAUGAAGGACCUUCUCUAUAUGAUGAACGUCUUAGAAACGGACAAGGCAUCAAGAGCUCAUGGCGCGGAGAGAAGGGGCCUAUCGCAACCCACAAAUCUCGGAUUAAUCCUGUGGCUGAAAUGAUCGAGUCAGAGGCAGGGCCUAGUACCAGCUCUGGUAAUAUCAAAGCCAAAGGAAAUUUGGUUGAUGUGGGACUAGAAGAUUCCUUUUUGGGCAACCCUGAUGGGGAACACGUCCAUUCUGGGGACGAACCACCUGUUCAAAGAUUUCGAGAAAGAAAUUCAACCAAGGACAAUAAUUUUGGGCCGAAUGCAUUCGGUCCCAGUGAUGAUCAACCCAAAGUUUUAUCCCCGCGGGCGUCGAGCUCGACAAAUUCGUUUAACGCAUCCAUCUCCCCAAUCGCACCAGAAACAUCCAUGCACGAUACUUUUUGGGGCCAGCUGUUUGUCAUAUCUCUUGCGGCUCUCUUCGCCACGGCGUUUCUCGUCUACCUACAUACAUCUAGUCCAUCUGGCGAUAAGUCGAAAUGGGGCGACACAAUAUAUCUCACUGUCCAUCGCUCAUUCUUUCUCUUGGGAAUUUAUACGCUAGUGUCAAUUUCCGUGUCUCUCGUUUGGCUAGCUUUGCUGCGAUCCUACGUACGAAUCCUAGUUCACGUCAUUAUCGUUGCAGUCCCUUCCAUUUUAUACUCAUUUUCCCUAUAUCCUUUCAUUUCGAGCUUCAAGGGCGUCUGGCAUGGCAGCAGCGUCCAGGAUAAGUUUAUGCGCUGGGGCUCCAUUGUCCCAUUUGUGUUGGCCACCCUGUGGAUAUACAAUGUUGUUCGAGGCCGCCAAUCUGUCGGAAAGGCGAUCGGUAUCCUUGAGUUUGCGUGUCGAAUCUUGGCCGCCAAUCCUGAGCUGCUGGCCUUAGGCUUGGCAAUUCUUGUUUGCGUGGUUUCAUGGACAUGGAUUUGGAUGCUUAUGUUCACUCGCGUGUUUCUGGGUGGCCAUUUUAACAGCGGAGCCGGCCCAAAGUCUUUCAUCAUCAAUUUGAGUAGUUGGUGGCUGGGAGUCUACUUCGUUGUCAUCUAUAUAUGGUCUAUUGGAGUCAUUGCUGGUAUCCAGCGCGCAGUGACGGCUGCGACAGUGAGUCAGUGGUAUUUUCACCGGUUGGCUAGCCCCGCGCCGACAUCGAGACAGAUUGUCCAAGCUGCCAUGGUCCAUGCUACUACGACGCUUUUUGGCACAAUCUGUCUAUCUCGCAUCCUUGGGCUUAUUAUUCGACUACCCCUGAUUGUGCUCCCGGGUCGCAUAUCCUCCGUACUCAGUCUGUUCGCCUAUUCGCUGAUUCCCACACCUAUUGCCUUCCUGACAAACCCCCUCUCGUUGACCUAUGGAGCCAUUCAUUCCCAACCUUUGGCCGCUUCUGCACGCGGAUUAAGCCAAAUGACUAUCCUGAAACCCUCCACAGCAUCAGCAUCCUUGAAUCCUCGUGCAUUUACUCGCUCUUCCAGUGCCUCGACAUCGCUUCUUUCAUACCGACUCUCCAAACUAAUUCUUUAUGCUGCUCGCUUGAUGAUGUCUUUGGCCUUGGGAUUCGGCGGCUGGGUCACCACUGCCCGAAGCCUGGCUACCACAUCCGGUGGAAACACAAUUCGGGGCAGUUUAUAUGCCUACGUCGUUGGUCUUAUUGCAGGUACCAUUGGCUGGAGCACACUAGGUGCGAUUGAAGGCAUUAUUGCGGACAUUGUCGAUGCCGCGGUGAUAUGCUGGGCAAGUGAGGUUGGAAUCUAUGGCCGGGAGGCUAGAUACUGCCGUGAAGCUGGAUGGCUCUUUGGUGACUCCAAUGAGGACUUCUCGCCAGAAUAUCACCAUGUCUAA